ACCAUGGAUACUCGCCGAACACAAUCCAGUGGUUUCCGAAGUCAUGGGUUAGUCCGUGUCUCCGUCCAAAAAGGCAUUUCCAGAGCCCGUCCCUCCCAUCGAAUUUCCACCAUAAAGAAAAGCUCGGCUGAAUCACUGUCUACACUACAACCCGUCCAGAAACAUCUAACCGCAUCUCUACCACUUCAUCAAGGAAAAGACACAAACACCGAGAUCGAUGCCACUGUGAAGGGAAACAGCUACUUCGGGCAUCACUGCUUACCUUCCAUCCUCCAGAAAACCCAGGAGACUAUUCUGUCAUCAUCAUUAUUUACCUCACUGAAAGGCAAAGAGAACAUGUUGCCAGGCAAUGACUCCAUUGCACGCGCUGUUAUUCUUGGAAUGGUUGGUCUCCUAGCAACAGGUUCCGGAAAACGUAACAAAAUGGAAGCGUGAGGAAUAAUCCGUGACCAAAAGACGUAGGGUCUGUCUUUGUGCAUGGUGAUAUUUAUAGACACUGUGUAUUUCGAUACACGUUGCGAUCCACCAACCCGCAGGCAGUGACGUCAUACCUAGAGACUUCAUUAUCCAUUCUCAUGUUCACAGAAGUAAUAUUGACACGAAAAUGUAAGUCUCCACUGCCAUGCAACAUUUCUUACUGCUGAUGUCAAUAAAAUACUUAGACGUUGAAGAGCACCAUGUGAUUGUCUAUAGUACAAUUCGAGUGGUAUUCACAAAGUACAAAAAUAUUAUUUUUUACAUCUUUCAUGAAUACAUGUAUUUUUUUUAAAAGGAUGAAAUGCUAACCAAUUACAAGAUUAGAUUUAUCACUUAAUGAGGUAAUAACGGCAUUUUCCGCUUCAAAACCGCCUCGUUGAAUAUGAUGCUUUAUGCACAAAUGUUCACUGGACAUAUAUAUGAUACCAAUAUUGGCUUUCCUCUUGGGAAGAAGUCGUGAAUACUGCGUGUACAUAGCUAUUCCCUAUCCUUAGUAUACAUCUGUAUAUACAACGUAAUAAAAUGUCUCAGAUUC